UCUGAGAAGAGGAGAAAAAAAAAAAGGGGGAAGAGAUGGAGGUUUCAGUGGUUGGAAGGUCUCAGUCGAAGAUGGGAACGACGACGGAGAUGGCGUUUCGGGAAUUAGGGUUGUUUUGUAGUUCAAACCAAGUCUUGCCUAGACAGAGGAAGGUUUCUUUCAAUCUCUUAAGGAGAUGGAGAAGUGCUGGAGUUCGACUCACAGUGAAGGCCACCCACUCGGCUGUCUCUUUGUCAGAGAAAAUCUCAGCAGAGAUCUCUACAGCCAAAUGAUCAACAACAGAGAAUGUGAAGUUAUUCGUGGGGCUUCCCUUAGAUGCUGUCUCCGACUGCAAUACAGUGAACCACGCAAGAGCCAUCACCGCCGGAUUGAAGGCCUUGAAGCUGUUGGGAGUGGAAGGCGUGGAACUCCCCAUCUGGUGGGGUGUGGUGGAGAAGGAUGCCAUGGGAAAGUACGAGUGGUCGUCUUACCUCUGUCUUGCUCAAAUGGUCCGAGACGCAGGUCUCAAGCUCCGUGUCUCCCUCUGUUUCCACGCUUCUCAACAACCAAAAAUCCCUCUCCCUAAAUGGUUAUCUCGGAUUGGUGAAGCUCAGCCCAGCAUCUUCUUCACGGAUCGCUCUGAAUGCCAGUACAAAGACUGUUUGGCACUGGCCGUUGAUGAUCUACCUGUCCUUGACCGAAAGACUCCAUUGCAAGUUUACCAGGAAUUUUCCCAGAGCUUCAAGUCUUCCUUCUCUCAUCUCCUGGGUUCCACAAUCACGGAUGUCUCAAUGAGUCUUGGGCCUGACGGCGAGCUCCGAUAUCCUUCGUACCCUUCAAUGAGAAGCAGCAAAACUAAAAUUCCAGGAAUUGGGGAAUUCCAGUGCUACGACGAACACAUGUUAAUGCAUCUUAGACAACACGCAGAGGCCACCGGAAACCCCAAAUGGGGUCUCGGAGGCCCACACGACGCACCCAGUUACGAUGAGCUACCAAACUCCAAUACCUUCUUCAAGGAGCAUGGAGGCUCAUGGGAGACUUCAUAUGGGGAUUUCUUCCUCUCCUGGUACUCCAACCAGCUCAUCUCCCACUGCGAUCGCAUCCUCUCUCUGGCCUCCACUACAUUCGCAGAUUCUCCAGUCACCGUAUCAGGUAAGGUGCCAUUGGUGCAUUCCUGGUACAAGACAAGAUCCCACCCUUCUGAGGUGACGGCGGGGUUCUAUAACACCGUCCACAGAGAUGGCUACGAUGCUGUGGUCCAGAUGUUCGCUAAAAAUUCGUGCAGAAUGGUUCUUCCUGGCAUGGAUCUCUCUGAGAAGCAACAGCCCAGUGGAUCACUGUCCAGCCCUGAGUUGUUGCUUGCACAGAUGAAGGCAGCAUGUAGGAAGCAUGGAGUUAUGGUCUCUGGGGAAAACUCAGGCGCAGGAACCCCAGAGGGUUUGGAAGAGAUUAAGAAGAAUUUGUGUGGAGAAGAAGAGGAACUGGUGGUGUUAGAUUCGUUCACGUAUCAGAGGAUGGGAGCUCAUUUCUUCUCACCCGAACACUUCCCCAAAUUUACAGAGUUCGCCAGAAGCCUCCAAGAACUGGAAUUACAUUCAGACGACCAUCCUGAUAUGGAGGAGGAGAAGGAGACCUGUGUGUCUCUGCCCUUGAGUUCGAGUUCAAGGAAGGAUCUCCAGAUGAUGCAGGUUACAUCUUAAUAAAGAAAACGAGGUUCGAGUUCGUGUACAUAAACCAAGCAUACAGUAAAUAUAAAUAUAAAUAGGCCUAGAAA